CGUAUUAAUAGUAUCUAUUUAUUAAAUUAAAUAAAUAGAUAAGACAAGAUAAUUUAGUGCUAUACGAUUUUUACAAUUUUCCGAAUACAUUUUGUUUUUCACGACAUUUCCUGCCAGUACCAAUACUACGAACAUAAUCUUAUCAAGGCUGAUAUCAGUUUUUCUGAUAGCAAAUCGAUAAGUAACCGUAUAUAUCUAUUUUUGUAGAAAAAAUUCAGUUCAGUGAGAAACAAUAAAAACGAAAAACAUGUGUUUCAUUGUAAAAUACGUACUUUUAAUCGCCAAUUUUAUAUUUACACUAGCAGGCUUAACCCUCAUAGGGCUAGGUAUAGCUGCUCUAGUGAACACAUCAGAUUUAUCCGGGGUCGCUACAACACCUCUAAAUGCGAUUGCUAUAUCCAUCAUCGUCUUGGGAGCUGUCGUAUUCUUGAUAGCGUUCUUCGGAUGCUGUGGGUCUAUGAAAGAAAAUCGAUGCCUUCUCUUAUCUUAUGCCUUAUGUCUGUUGCUGUUGGCUGCUGCGAAAAUAUAUUUAACAGUGCUGAUGUUCAAAGAUGAGGAUAGCAUCGGUGAACUGGUCGAAGAGUGGAUCACAAAAGCAUUCAGAAACAAUGAACUGAGAGAUACCUUCCACGCUAUUGAAAAUACGUUUGAAUGUUGUGGUACAACUGGCCCUUACUCAUACAUCGGUGUACUACCAGCAUUACCGCCUUCAUGCUGUCCAUACAGUGUAUCCCAGUGUGAAAGUAGUAAUGCCUUCGGAGGCUGUAUCAACAUUGUCACUGACUUCUUGUCGAAAUACAGUGGUGUCUUUGGCGGUAUUUUUGCAUCAAUAUUGGCUGUUGAGUUUGUGGCGAUGUUGUUUGCGGUAAUGCUUGCAUGUAACAUUGGUGGAAAGAGACGACAAAACGUUUGAAUCUCUAUUAACAGACAGCAAAAGAAGCCUACUCCGUACUUAAGUUCAUGGGGUCUACCAUGACCUUAGCUGUACGGGUCCAGUAUUAAUUUAAAUUGUCAUUUAUCGUAAUUGUAUCUUUAUCAAUGUUGUUAAGGUACAUUUUACAUAAGAUAAAAUGUACUGUUUUCCUGCUUUGAAGCUUAUGGUAUCCACAGAUCUCAACAUUAACUUAAAAACCAGAACUUCAUAUAAGGACUGCUACACACGAGCGUCAUCUACACGAUGGAUACGAUAUAACAUUUUUGCAUAUUUGUUUGCUACUGUUUUUAAAGUUUUCUAUUGUUUUUAAUAAAUAGUAUCCCGAUA